AUGACUUCCAGAUUCCCCAGCUCCGACCGUUAUCGCGCCGAGAUUUCUCAAAUGGAAGAAGACGCCGAAUCGCAUAGCCACCAGAACGACAUUGGCGGGGCCCAUGCUGAUAUGGUAUGUAUGAUUGAUGAACUUGGUGUAUACAUUGACAAGCAUGAACAUGACUACUGUACGGAAGUCACGCAGUCGACGCAAGUCCCGCGGUUGCCGGACACCCACAACAUCACGCAAGGCGCGAGCGAGUUCCGGUUCUGCAUCGAAGAGACGAAAUUCCUCAAAAAGCUAUCACCCACAUACACACCCGGCAGAGUAGCGUGGUGGAUCGUGCAAUUGCCUCCUGAACUGAUGGUAUCAGCCGAAGAGGCCAUCGGAACUUGUGUUGCAGACUAUCUAUGGCACGUUCAGACUGUCAAAUAUUGA